AGGUUGGAGCCGCCCGGAGGAUUAAGGGAAAGGCGCUCGCGCCGCCGGAAGUUGCCAUGCAGUUCUCGGCGUCCAGAAUGUGGCAGGAGUGUCGAGGAGCUAUCAUGGACGUUCCUGAACUGGAAGUCGUGUCCGAGGACGCCAUGGACUCGUUCCUAGAAAAGUUCCAGAGCCAGUCUUACCGUGGACGCUUUAUUGAGGACCGGUGGGAGGAGGAAUUUGAGAAGAUCCCCCUAUUCAUGAAGGAAACGCCAUCAGAAAUUGAUCCCAAGGAGAAUCCCGACUUGGCUUGCCUCCAAUCAAUUAUUUUUGAUGACGAGCGAUCUCCAGAAGAACAGGCCAAGACUUACAAAGAUGAGGGCAAUGAUUACUUUAAAGAAAAAAACUAUAAAAAAGCCGUGAUUUCGUACACUGAAGGCUUAAAGAAGAAAUGUGCAGACUCUGAUUUGAAUGUUGUCCUUUAUACCAACCGAGCAGCAGCACAGUACUAUCUGGGUAAUUUAUUCCAUUACUUACUGCUUUCUAAAGAGCUGAGUGUGGAUGACCAGGGCAGACUGAGCUGGCCUGUGCUCUUUUUGUACCCGGAGUAUGCCCAGUCGGACUUCAUCUCUGCUUUUCACGAGGACUCCAGGGUUCUGGGUUCUGCAGGUGCCUUAUGCCAUCUGGAACUGAAAAACUUUGCUGACGCUGUGAACUGGUGCGAUAAGGGGCUGCAGAUAAAUGCCAAAGAGAAGAAGCUUCUGGAAUUGAGGGCUAAAGCAGACAAACUAAAGCGAACUGAACAGAGGGAUAUAAGGAAAGCAAAGCUGAAAGAAAAGAAGGAGCAGAAUCAGAAUGAGGCUUUACUCCAGGCUGUCAAGCAGUGUGAUGAAGGGGGUCUGGAGUCACACCCGAGUUCAGUCAGCUCUCCCAUCGUGUGCAAGUGUUGGUCUCAGGUAACCUAUACGGAACGGUUGCUAUGGUUAAAGUCCCCCACCUGGUACUUUGUGAAGGCUCUGACACCAGCGUUUUUGGUCUGUGUAGGAUCCUCUUCUUUUUGUAGACAUUAUCUCCAGAGGAGGAAGGUACACCAGGUAAAGUGACCACCAAGCCAGGCUGCGGGAGCCAGGCCCGCUGGAUCUCUUUCCUCAUCCUCCUGUGUGGAAUCCAUCAUACCUGGAUCACCUGGACAUACUCCCUAGAAUCCAACACUUUCUUUCUGUCACCCUGGGGACAGUCCUUCCUCACAUUGUGGUGGGGGAGGAGCUGCUGACUUUGUUAGCCGCACCUUCUCUGGUUUUCACUUUCCUCUCUUGAUAGAAAACUCUGUGCCUUGGUCAUGACAUCCUUGGACUGUGAGCUAUGUUAACCACUAGCCUCCAUCUCUGGAGGGAUCAUCUGUUGCAGUUACCAUAGCAACUGACCCAAGGAACUCACUGGACUGACUCAGGAUCCAGUGACCUGGUUCUGAACCUUUAUGGAUUUAGAGGCGUUAGAGAAGCUGCCUCUCAAAUUGCACAUAUACACAAAUCAGGCAUGUAAUUUUAAGGAAUUAAAGCUGAGUGACUCUGG